AUGUCUGUCGACUACCUUCUGCACGAGUCCCCCGUGGGCUAUGCCGUCUUCAAGGUGCAGCUUCAGGCUGACACCAUCGGCAACCGCCUGAAGGAGGUCCAGCAAAAGGGCAAGGACCUCGCGACUUUCGGCAAGAUGGUCGCUGUCCAGGGCUUUGCUCCCUUCCAAGGCGCUGCCCAGGCUCUCGAGAACCAGAACGACAUUUCCGAGGGCAUCUGCUCCGACUACCUCAAGUCGAUCCUCGAGAUGCACAUUCCCAACCCCGGCAAGAAGAACAAGGUCACGCUCGGGGUUCAGGAGAAGAACCUGGCUGGUAGCAUCAAGGCGAACUUCCCGUACAUCGAGUGCGAGACCGCCGAAGUCAGCGAGGUCGUCGCUGAUCUUCUGCGUGGUCUCCGUCUCCACGCACCCAAGCUUCUCAAGCAGCUUCAGGACGGCGAUGUCGACCGUGCUCAGCUUGGUCUUGGCCACGCCUACUCCCGCGCCAAGGUGAAGUUCAGCGUCCAGAAGAACGACAACCACAUCAUCCAGGCCAUUGCCACCCUCGACCAGCUCGACAAGGCUGUCAACACUUUCUGCAUGCGCGUGAGGGAAUGGUACGGCUGGCACUUCCCCGAGCUUGUCAAGAUUGUUCCCGACAACCACAAGUAUGUCAAGCUCGCCAUCUUCAUUGGCAACAAGAGCACCCUGAACGAGGAAAAGCUGCACGACCUGGCUGCCAUUGUGGACGAUGAUGAGUCCGUUGCGACGGACAUCAUCAACGCCGCUCGCGUGAGCAUGGGUAGGGACAUCUCCGAGACGGAUUUGGACAGCGUUAUGCUGUUUGCCAACCGCGCCCUGAGCCUUUCUUCGUACCGCAAGUCCCUGAGCGGUUACCUUGUCAGCAAGAUGAACGUUGUUGCGCCCAAUCUGGCUGCUCUCAUUGGUGAGACUGUUGCGGCUCGCCUCAUCUCCAAGGCUGGCAGCUUGACCAAUCUGUCCAAGUACGCGGCUUCCACCGUCCAGAUUCUCGGUGCCGAGAAGGCUCUCUUCAGAGCGCUCAAGACUAAGGGCAACACUCCCAAGUACGGUCUGAUCUAUCAUUCUUCGUUCAUCGGCAGGGCUGGCGCCAAGAACAAGGGCCGCAUCUCCCGCUUCCUCGCCAACAAGUGCACGAUUGCUUCAAGGAUUGACAACUUCUCGGAAAACCCGACGACCAAGUUCGGUGAGGCUCUGCGUGCGCAGGUUGAGGAGCGUCUCGAGUUCUACCGCACUGGUGUUGCGCCCACCAAGAACGAGGUUGCCAUGGCAAAUGCUAUGGACAAGGUCCUCGCCGACAUCGAUGUCGACGGUGGCGAAGCAAGCGAAGACGAGAAGCCGGCCAAGAAGGAGAAGAAGGAGAAGAAGGAGAAAAAGUCCAAGAAGUCCAAGGACGUGGACGGUGACGUGUCGAUGGUUGAUGGCGAGGAGAAGGAGGACAAGAAGGAGAAGAAGAAGAAGCGCAAGAGCGAGGGCGCGAUCGAUGAGUCGGACAAGAAGAAGAGGAAGGCCGAGGGCGAGAAGAAGGACAAGAAGAAGAAGAGAAAGUCGGAGUAG